AUGUCCAGUACAAAUUCAACACAAAGACCCAUAGUGAUCCUUGGAGCAGGUAUCAUUGGUCUCACAACAGCUGUACGGAUUCUCGAAUCACCUUUAUACCAAGAAGAAAAAAUCCCAAUUCACAUUAUAGCUGAUCAUUUACCUAAUGAUCCCCUCGAUCCAAAAUACGCAAGUACGAUAGCUGGAGCACAUCAUUUAUCUUUUGCGGAUGACGAAGAUGUCAAUCAGACAAAAUGGGACAAAAGGACUUUCCAUGUCAUGUAUAACGAAUGGAAGAAUGAAGGUGAAAAAACUGGAUUAAUGGUUUUGAAACAAACUGAACUGUUCGUCAAACAUAAUCAACAUCUCAAGAUAUACGAGGAUCAUCCUGAUUUUCAAGUGAUUGAACCAGACCAACUCCCGAAAGGAAUCGAUCAUUCAGUGAAUUUCACGUCACUCACAAUGACACCCUUCACUUAUCUCAAUCGAUUACUCGAUCGCAUUUCUGCGUUAUCUAAUGGUCAAGUUAUGAUACAUCGACACCAUUUACCAUCUUUAUCGUCACUCUCACAUCCUUCUAUCACAGCAAUGAUCGGUGAGAUACCUCCUUUAGCAAUAGUCGUUUGUGUUGGAAUUGGAGCGAUAACUUUGGGUCAAGUGGAAGAUCAGACUGUUUUCCCCACUAGAGGACAAGUAGUUAAAGUAAAAGCUCCAUGGAUAAGAUCAGGUUUCACAAGACAAGUCGGUGAAUUGAAUGGUGGUGAAGGUGGUGAAAGGACGUAUGUCAUUCCGAGACCUGAUGGAGAAGUAAUCUUAGGUGGUACAAGAGAAUUAAAUGAUUGGUAUCCUUAUCCAAGAGAAGAAACGACAAAAGAUAUAUUGAAAAGAGUUUUGGAAAUUUGUCCUGAUUUAUGUCCAAAAUAUAAGAUUGCUCCUUCAGCUCUUGCACCAGAACAAGAUAUCGAAAAGUUGCAUAUCACAGAAGACAACCUACCAGAUUCAGAUACAGAUCCCACUUCUCCACUAGAGGAACUGGUGAUUCAGACUUUGGUGGGGUUCAGACCGUCUAGAAAGGGUGGUAUUAGGUUAGAAAGAGGGAAAGAUCUAGUUUUAGGUCGGGAUCACGGGAAACAAGAUAAGACUAUAGUUGUUCAUAAUUACGGUCAUGGAGGUGCUGGAUGGCAAAGUUGUUGGGGUACAGCUGAAGACGCUGUGGAAAUCUUGAUUAAAUCUAUGUAA